AUGGAGAGCAACCGGGAUGGAGACUACGUGAGAUUAGAGGACGGAGAGGAUGGUGACGGCGGCGUGAGGAAUGUGGCGCCGCCGGACAUCGCCACGAGUAGCGGAAGAUGGUGGAGGUGGGGGGUCAAGGUGAUCGGGCUGUGCAUCUUGGCGGGCAUCUCGGUGGUGAUCAUUGUCAAUUGGCUCGGCCCACCGCUCAUGAACAAGGUGAUUGUCCCGACUAUUGAUUGGGUGACGCGAAGCUUCGACCGUCCGACUCUGGCAUUCCUGAUUUUCGCCACGACCGCUCUAUUCCCCGCCUUGAUGUUGCCGUCUACGCCUUCCAUAUGGAUCGCCGGGAUGUCCUUUGGUUAUGUGACUGGGUUCGCUAUAGUAAUGGCCGGAAUUACGAUCGGCGUAACCCUGCCUUACUUCAUCGGUCUGCCCUUCCGGCAAAAGAUUCAGGUACAUGUAUCUUGUGAAUUCUUCGAACCGGUCUCCGUGAAGACAACCAUUUCUCAAGGGUCACCUAUCUUUCCAGAGAUGGUUGGCGAGAUACCCGAAGCAGGCGUCCGUUCUCCGACUAGCCGGCCAAGGGAGCUGGUAUCAUCAGUUCCAAGCGGUCAUGCUGAUCAGGAUUUCUCCGUUUCCUAUGACUUUUAUCUCGAUGCCGUCGGCCUAAUGGGAUCGAACUUUGUGUUGUUCAGAGGCAAGUUGAUUCGCAAAUUGGCAGACGCAACGGAGGAUCAUCACAGGGGCCUUUCGAGGCUGCACAUAGCUGUCAAUAUGGUCGGUUUCAGCGCGAGCAUGAUCGCGACCAUGAUGAGCAGCCGAUGCGCCAAAGUGCGGCUCGAGGAGCGGCGGAGGAAAGAGGAGCUGACGCUGGGUUAA